AACAUGACCCAGGUCAGCGCCUUCAUCCUGGUGGGCUUCCCCACGGGCCCCCGGCUGCAGUACCUGCUCUUCCUCCUCUUCCUGCUCACCUACCUCUUUGUGCUGGUGGAGAACCUGGCCAUCAUCCUCACUGUCUGUGGCAGCCCCUCGCUCCACAGGCCCAUGUACUACUUUCUGGGCAUCAUGUCUUCCCUGGAGAUCUGGUACGUGUGUGACAUCAUCCCCAAGAUGCUGGAUGGCUUCCUCCUGCAGAGGAGGCGCAUCUCCUUCGUGGGCUGCAUGACCCAGCUCUACUUCUUCAGCUCCCUGGUGUGUACCGAGUGUGUGCUCCUGGCCUCCAUGGCCUACGACCGCUACGUGGCCAUCUGCCACCCCCUGCGCUACCAAGCCAUCAUGACCACGGGGCUGUGUGUCCAGCUGGUGGCCUUCUCCUUCAUGAGUGGCUUCACCAUCUCCAUGAUCAAGGUCUACUUUAUCUCCAGCGCCACGUUCUGUGGUUCCAAUGUCCUGAACCACUUCUUCUGUGACAUCUCCCCCAUCCUCAAACUGGCCUGCACGGACUUCUCAACUGCAGAGCUGGUUGACUUCAUCCUGGCCUUCCUCAUCCUGGUGUUCCCGCUUGUGGCCACUGUGCUGUCCUAUGGGCAUAUCACCCUGGCCGUCCUGCGCAUCCCCUCGGCCACGGGCCGCUGGAGAGCCUUCUCCACCUGCGCCUCCCACCUCACCGUGGUCACUAUCUUCUACAUGGCCAUGAUCUUCAUGUAUGUUCGGCCCCAGGCUAUUGAUUCCCGGAGCUCCAAUAAGUUCAUUUCUGCUGUUUACACUGUCCUCACCCCAAUCAUCAACCCCUUGAUCUACUGUCUGAGGAACAAAGAGUUCAAGGGUGCCUUGAAAAGGCUCUGGUCUUAGACCAAGUUUCAAAGCAGCACAAUUAAAUGUCCUGUAAUCUAAUUUGUGAUGGUAAUAACAUCUUAUCUUCCAUUUGAGAAUUGUUUGCCUAUUCCAAUAUCAUGAAGAUAUUCUCCUGUGUAACUCCACAAGCUUUGCUGUUUUACCCUUCAUGUCUCGAUUUAUAGUCCACCAGAAAUUGAUUUUUAUUUACAGUAUGAGAUCUGGGUCAGCAUUAAUUCUUUUCUAUAUGUAUAUGAAGUUGACCAGAACCCACUCUUUGUUUAAAAGACGCUUUGCCCUCUGCAAAAUCACCCUUUUCAUAAACCAAAUAUCUAUUUAUUCUCAUCUUUUUGGACUCAUUUUGUUUCAUGGUCUGUUUGUCUAUUCAUGUGUAUUAUGUCCUUGAUGUCAAGCCCAAGAAUUCUUUCCCUAAUCCUCAGUCCUGAAGGUUUUAUCCUAUGACUUUUUUCUAAGGGUUUCACAGCUUUGUCCUUACAAUGAAGGGCCAUGAUCCACUGUUAGUCAGGUUUUGUAUAAGGUGCGAUGGGCAUCCUAAGGUUUGUUGUCCAUGGAUAUCCAACUGCUGUAAUGCCAUUUACUCAAAAGGCUGUCAUUCCUUUGCUGAGCUGCACUGAACCUUUGGAAAGUAUCAGUUGACAAUACUGGUGCUGAUUUAUUUCUGAUCUCUUUGGCAACCCCUCUCCCAGGACCACGUGGUCUCUAUUAACAUAGACGCAGAAUAAAUCCUCAACAGUGGAGGAAUGAUCCCUCCCACUUCACUCUUCCUUUUCCAAAUGGCUGCUGUUCUUCUAGGGCCUGGACAGGGGAAUUUUAUUACAAGCUCAUCUACAUCAAUAAAAAUCUUGUUGAGACUUUGACAGGACUUGCGUUAAACUAACAAAUCAGUUGGGGGAGAAUUCUCGAUUUCUCUGUUGAGUCUUCUCAUGUUGUGUAGCUUUCAGCAUACAUAUCUUGUAUGUUUUGCUAGAUUUAUACAUCUUUUGCUAGAUUUAUACCUAAGUAUUGUAUUUCUGGAGCUAUCAUAAAUGGUGUUGCCUUCUUUUUGUUUCCACUUGUUUUUUUGUUAGUAUAUAGAAAUGUAGUUGAUUUUCACAUUGACUUUGUAACCUGAAAUCUUGCUGAAUUCAUUUACUAUUUCUAGGAAUUUUUUGUAGAUUGCUUUGAGUUUUCUACAUAAACAAUCAUGUUAACUACAUAUACAGAUAGUCUUACUUCUUCCUUUCCAAUCUGCAUAUCUGAAAGUGAA